AUGAGUUCUCAAAAGUUCAUUUUUUUCUCCGACCAAGUGGUCACCUUUUGCGCGAAUUUUUCUGCUAUUCCAAUUGAAGACCACACAUCUUCAAGUUUGCAAGUCGAACUUGAUGAUUUGGAACGCCGCUGGCGUCAACUUGUUCUGGUGUACGAAACUGAUAUGACUUCUGAGAAACCUGAGAGCACUAAAGAGGUGAGAGAGUCGAUUCACUCUAAAUUCACUGAGUCUUGUAGAUCUUACAAGAAUUGCAAAGCAUCCAUUUUGGAUUUAAUGCAGAUUGAAAAACAGAAACAUGAAACUUCAGUGCUGAGAGAUGCGCCUGAGUCCAAGUGUCCCGAAUCUGGUUUUUCUCUUAAAGUUCCACCCUGCGACACUGAACUGUUUAGCGGUGGGUACGAUAAAUGGCCUAGUUUUAGGGAUAUGUUUUCUGCCAUUUAUGGAAAACACCCUAAACUAUCCCCCGCACAAAAGCUGUUUCACCUCAGGGCGAAGACCCGUGGUGAACCAAACCAAAUUGUUAAACGUUUUUCUUUGACUGAUGACAAUUUUGAUCUAGCAUGGGAAGCGUUGCGGCAGCGAUAUGAGAACAAGCGGAUUCUCAUUAACCACCAACUGAGGAAAAUAUUCGAAAUUGAACAUGUGAGUUCAGAGAAAGGAAAGAAUUUGCGAAAUCUACAGUAUACAAUCAACAAGUGUCUAUCAGUUUUGAAAACAUACAAUGUUUCCGUAAUGUCAUGGGACCCUAUGUUGGUUUAUUGGGUUUCGUCAAAGUUGCCUGAAGAAACUUUGACUGCUUGGGAGAGUUCACUCACUGAUCAUAAACGGAUGCCUUCUUGGGACCAACUGGACGAUUUCAUCUCUAAGAGACUGGAUAUGCUCGAGUCUAUUUCUGAUAUGAGGAAUCAUCCUCCUGUUUCAAACAAAUCACAGAACUUUCAUGCAAAAUCUGAAGUAAAUUUCCGACCCUGUAGAGUAUGCAAGCAGAACCAUGCGCUGCGUUCUUGUGCGAAAUUUAAGUCCUGGUCGCUAUCGCAAAAGCAAAAGUUCGUGAAUGACAACAAAGUUUGUGGAAAUUGCCUGUCCUACGGACAUAAUGCCCAGACUUGCCAAAGUGACAAGCUCUGUCUGAAAUGUCAGCAACAGCAUCACACUCUGUUGCAUCCUGAUACUGGUAAUACUACGGAUCGUGAUGGAUCUCAAUAUAACCCACAGACCCAAGUGACGUCUUUCCAUAUUGAUGCGCAGUACGAAGAGCAACCGACCACGUCGGCUGGUGCUUUCUCCAAUUCGACAUCGUUUGUUCAAUCUCAUUUUGCUAAUUCUAAUGAAGCCACCGUUCUGCCAACGGCUCUUGUAGACUUAGAACACUUGGGAACAAAUUUUACAGUGAGGGUAUUUAUUGACCAAGGUUCUCAAGAGUCUUUCGUUUCAAAUCGAAUUGUUAACAGAUUUUCCAUACCAACGAAGAAAUCGUUCACAACGAUCUCUGGUCUUGGAGGUACGAUUUUGGAAAACUCCUCAAGGCUUUGUCAUCUUGUUCUUAAAUCUCGAAAGUCUGAUUUUAGACUGAAUAUAACCGCUGUUGUAAUUUCUAAUAUGAAUCACUUAAUGCCUGCGAAUCCUACCCGUAUUUCUGAUUGGUCUGAAUUAAGACGAAUGGAUCUAGCUGAUCCAAAUUUCUGUAAGCCUGCUCAGAUAGAUAUGCUAUUGGGAAGCGAUGUUUUACCGUUUAUUCUGAAACCUGGGGUGCAAAAGAAUGUUUCUGGAACUCUUUUGGCACAGGAAACUGAAUUCGGGUGGAUAUUGAGCGGCCCUCCAACCGUUCGUUCAGUUAAUACGUUUGCGUCGUGGGUAACGUGUUCUGACCCCAUAAAUGAGCAAAUUAAGAAAUUUUGGGAACUAGAGGAAGUUCCAGUACUGAAAUCUGUUUCUGAAUAUGACAUGUGGUGUGAACAGUUUUACAAAGAGACGACAACUCGUCGAUCUGAUGGAAGAUAUGUUGUGAGGUUGCCCUUCCAACAUGAUCUCCCCCCGGAGUCUUUCCUUGGGUCGUCAAGACGAGCGGCUAUGGGUCAGUUUAUGAGGAUGGAGAAAACUUUUGAGAAAUCGGCCGAACUAGCUUCGGAAUACUGUAAUGUGCUAUCGGAAUAUCUGGAUCUUGACCACAUGGAAAUAACCACAUCUACUGAAAUUUGUGACAACUCUCGUUACGGUUCUUAUUACUUACCACACCAUGCUGUGGUAAAACCUGAAAGAGUCUCAACCAAAGUCAGAGUCGUUUUCAAUGCUUCUAAGAAGACAUCUUCGGGCUUUUCUCUGAACGACGUCCUACAUACUGGGCCAAUUUUACAAAAUGAUUUGAUGAAUGUCAUUUUAAGGUGGCGUUUCUUUAAAUAUGUUUUUAAUGGCGAUAUUCAGAAGAUGUAUCGCCAAAUCUAUGUUCAUGACACUGACAGGGAUUUUCAAAGAAUUGUAUUUAGAAAAUCACCUACUGAAAAAAUUCAAGAUUACUGUUUAAAAACAGUAACAUUUGGAGUAAACUGUGCUCCAUAUCUGGCCAUUCGGACUCUGCUACAAUUAAGUGAAGACGGAAAGUCCACGCAUCCAGUGGCGGCAUCUGUUCUGAAGGAUCAAGUUUACGUUGACGAUAUCCUUUCGGGAGGACAUUCUAUAAUUGAAGCAAAAUCAUUUCUCUUGGAGUUAAUAGAUUUGCUGUCUACCGCUGGAUUUCCGUUAAAGAAACUUACGGCAAAUCACCCACAAAUACUGAAAAAUUUGCCCCCCGAGGAUCUUCUGUACGAAGAUUUUCUAAAACUCGAAGAUUCUAGCGAAACGAAAACUCUAGGCAUUCGAUGGAAUGCCAUGACUGAUACAUUUCUCUACAAAGUUGCCAAUUUGGAUUUUCCUUCUGCUCCAUUUACUAAACGUAAAAUUCUAUCGAUUGUGGCCAAACUUUUCGACCCUGCUGGUUGGUUGGCACCUAUAAUAGUGGUGGCCAAAAUUCUUUUGCAACAAUUAUGGAUGGAUGGAACUGAUUGGGACGAAGAGGUAAAACCACAUUCACUUGAGAGAUGGAAGGAUUUCAUUUCCGGAUUUCCUGAUAUUGAGACCAUAAAGAUUCCUCGUUGGAUUCAGUUUGCGCCAGAAAGCAAGGUACAAAUUCAUGGAUUCUGUGACGCAUCAGAGAAAGCGUACUGUGCCUGCUUGUAUAUUCGCUCUGUUUCUUCAGAUAAUACUGUUUCCUCUCAUUUACUGGUAUCUAAAAGCAAGGUUGCACCUUUAAAGACUGUUAGUCUACCAAGGCUUGAGUUAUGUGGAGCAGCUUUGCUUUCAAAAUUGAUGAAAUGCGUUGGUAGAAACCUACAUUUUUCUGUUACUGAUAUAUAUCUGUGGUCUGAUUCUACAAUAACGUUAGCGUGGCUUAACAAACCACCAUUUCACUGGAAAACUUUCGUAGCUAAUAAGAUAUCAGAGAUAUUAGAUAACGUGGGCAACGCCAACUGGAGACACGUUCCCACAAACGAUAACCCUGCUGAUCUGGGUACACGUGGCGCUGCUCCAUCGGAAUUGGCGACAAAUGCACUUUGGUGGCAUGGGCCUAACUGGCUGACGAAGAACCCAGAUUACUGGCCAAAACAAAUAGCGCUAAAGGAAUCUGAAAUGGAGAGAAAGAUAUGUUCUUAUCAAACCCAAACUGAAAUUGAAGACAUCCUUGAUCGAUUUUCGUCUUUUAGCCGUGCAUUGAGAGUAAUUUGCUAUUUGUUUAGAUUCAUAAGGAAAUGCCAAAAACGAGCUAGUUCAGAAAUGGAAAAUCCGUACAUAAGCGCUCAGGAAAUUCAAACGGUAAAAAAUCUCUUAAUUAAAUCUGCUCAGAUUGUUCAUUAUCACUGUGAAUAUAAAGCUCUCGAAAGUAAUCAGCGCAUAAGUUCGAAAAGUAAAUUACUUCCUCUCAACCCUUUUCUCGAUGAACACAAACUGCUUCGCGUAAAUGGACGCUUAGCAAAUUCUGAUUUGAGUUACAAUGAGCGUCAUCCAAUUAUAUUGCCUGAAAAAUCUCGAUUUUGUAAACUCUUCAUCGAAUUCACGCAUAAAAUCCUGCUUCAUUCUGAACAUCAAAUAAUGUUGCGUGCAAUUCGUCAAGAGUUUUACAUCAUACGACUGAAAAAUGCCAUAAAACAUUGUGUGAGAAAUUGCAAAACAUGUACAAUUUACAAGCAUCGUAUAAGAAGUCAACUCAUGGCCGCACUUCCUACUGAGAGAUGUACAUUUUCGUUGCCAUUUACCAACACUGGAGUUGACUUUGCUGGCCCUUUCGAGUUAAAAACUUCUAAACUGCGUAAUGCGAAACUGCAGAAAGGAUACGCUGCAAUUUUUGUAUGUCUAUCUACUCGAGCCAUUCAUCUAGAGGCUUGUUCAGACCUUUCAACUGAGGCAUUCUUAUCUACGUUUAAUCGAUUUGUUGGACGACGAGGAUUUCCCAACAAAAUGUUUUCAGACAACGGCACGAAUUUCGUUGGUGCCAGUAGAUCCAUAGCUCAAGAAUUCAAGAAUUUUCUUAAGACUGUUCAUAAAUCUGUCUCGGAGAAAUAUAACUUGCACGGAUUUUCGUGGCACUUUAUACCUCCGCAUGCUCCACAUAUGGGUGGUUUGUGGGAGGCAGCUGUAAAGAGCAUGAAGUCUCAUUUACGAAAAGCUGCCUCCAAUACGAAAUUCACAUUCGAAGAGUUUUCGACACUCCUUGUCAGAAUAGAGAGUGUACUGAACUCUCGACCACUCUCUCCCAUGACUGAGAACCCGUCCAAUCUGCUACCAUUGACUCCUGGUCAUCUGCUGAGAGGAGCUGCGCUAAUUUCUGUUCCCGAAGAAUAUUCUGAUAAUUUAUCAAUUAUUAACCGCUGGCAAAGGCUCAAAGCCAUCCAGAUUCAAUUCGCUAGGCGCUGGAAAACUGAUUACAUCUCCGAGUUACAACGUCGGUACAAAUGGAAAGCAGCUCAACAAAAUUUGAAGGAAAAUGACUUUGUGGUCAUCAAAGAAGACAACCUUCCGCCUAGUGAAUGGUGUCUAGGUAGAGUCAUUAAAGUUUUUCAAGGAAAAGAUUCUAACGUAAGAGUUGCUGAGAUACGUACCCAAAGUGGGGUACUUACUCGCCCUUUAGUCAAGCUUUGUAUCUUGCCAAAUGCCUAA